CGCCGAGGGAGGCUGCGUCGGCGCGGCGGCUGUGGGGCAGAGAGCAGGCCGCCCAGGCCCGCCCGCAGCCGCUCAGGGAUGGAGGUCCUGGACGAGUUCGACAGCGAGUUCCCCCAGAGUGUGACCUUCUGCCAGCUCAUCUCCGAGGAGGACUUCGAGAGGCAGGCGGCCACCUACACGGAGCGCGCGCUGCGCCGCCUCUUCCGCAGCAUCGACCGCAACCCCGCGCUGGCCGAGAGGGUGGUGCGCAAGGGCAAGCUGGCCGAGUACGAGGGGCGCGGGCUCCUCUCCUUCCUCUGGGCAAAGUUCUUCUGUGCGGUUCAGGGGGAGCUGAAUUGUUGCAACAGCAUGGGUGCCCUGGAGAUGCACCAGCGCCUGGAGCAGCUGAAGAGGAGCAUUCACCGCGUGCACCUCUACUCUCAGGAUGCCAAGAAGAAGAGAAGAAAGCCAAAGCCGAAGAAACCAGAACCCGUCCUCUUGCAAGACCACUCAACUUCCCCAUGCCUGCCACCAGCCCUGCUGCCACCUCCACCGCUGCCGUCACCUGCCACCACCAUGGCCUCCGUGGUGGCCCCAUCACCCCCUGUCUACACCAUGCCUCGGGUCUUUGGCUCCUUCCCUCCGCUGCCCAGCAAGUCGAUGGAGAACUUGGAGGUUGCAAGACACAUGGUUGAUCUGACCCCCUUGGUCCUCAACCCCGGAGGCUUCCAUUUCUCGUACCUGGCUGGAAACAGUGCACACAAGCUCCGUUGCCCUGGCUUCCCCUGGUAA